UCGAUUUUUCUCUCCUCCUCCUCCUCCUCUUUCGCAUCGCACAAUGCGGCUGAGAGGCCGGGGAUGCUGCACCCGGGGCACAGGCAACGGCGAUGGAGAGGAGGAAGGCAGCGGAGAAGGACGCGGGCCGCCCCCUCCACCAAUGCAGAGUCCCUUCGUGCACCGGUUGCACUUCAGCGCCCUCCAGAAAGCAAAGAUAGUCUUCAUGACCUUGACUCUGUUCCCCAUCCGGCUGUUUUUUGCUGCGUUUAUGAUGUUGCUGGCUUGGCCUUUUGCCUUCAUUGCCUCAAUAGGAUCUGCUGAAAAACACCUAGAAAAGCCUCUAUCGUGGUGGCGAAAAAUUGUUGAUAUCUUGCUGAAGGCAAUUAUGAGGACAAUGUGGCUUGCUGGUGGAUUUCAUUGGAUAAAUGUGAAGGGCAGACAGGCAUUGCCCACUGAAGCAGCAAUUCUGACCCUGGCUCCACAUUCGUCGUAUUUUGAUGCAAUACCAGUGACAAUGACUAUGGCUUCCAUUGUUAUGAAAGCUGAAAGCAAAGAUAUUCCUGUGUGGGGAACUUUAAUUAAAUAUAUUCGACCUGUAUUUGUUUCUCGAUCGGAUCAGGAUUCCCGCAGAAAAACAGUUGAGGAAAUAAGACGGCGUGCUCAGUCUAAUGGCAAAUGGCCACAGAUAAUGAUAUUCCCAGAAGGAACCUGUACUAAUCGAUCCUGCCUAAUUACAUUCAAACCUGGAGCGUUUAUCCCUGGAGUACCUGUGCAACCAGUGAUCUUACGUUAUCCAAACAAGCUGGAUACAAUUACAUGGACAUGGCAAGGUCCAGGAGCGUUGACGAUUCUGUGGCUUACCUUAUGUCAGUUUCAUAAUUUUGUGGAAAUAGAGUUCCUACCUGUAUAUAUACCUUCUGAAGAGGAAAAGAAAAAUCCAUCUUUAUAUGCGAACAAUGUGAGGCGUGUAAUGGCAGAGGCUUUAGGAAUUUCAGUAACAGACUAUACCUUUGAAGAUUGCCAGCUGGCUUUGGCUGAAGGACAACUCUAUCUCCCAUCAAAUACCUGUCUCUUGGAAUUUGCAAAACUUGUAAGAAAUCUUGGGUUAAAGCCAGAAAAACUUGAAAAAGAACUUGAUGCAUACUCAGAAAGAGCUAGGAAAUUGAAAAACAAAAAAAUCACUCUUAAGGAAUUUGCAGAGUAUUUGAAAAUCCAAGUUUCAGAUAUGUUAGAAAAUAUGUUUGCACUUUUUGAAGAGAAGGAAGAUGGCCUGAUUGACAUACGAGAAUAUGUAACAGCUUUGUCGGUAGUCUGUAGACCUUCUAAAACAUUGCAAACAAUGCAGUUGGCUUUUAAGAUGUAUCAAUCAGAAACUGGUGGUAUAACAGAACAAGAGUUAACUUCCAUCCUGAAGAGUGCCAUGGGUGUUUCAGACCUUAAUGUGUCAAGUCUAUUUAAAGCUAUAGAUGACAAAGAAAAAGGGGAAAUUGCUUAUGAUGAUUUCCAUUAUUUUACUGAAACGUUCCCAAACUUUGCUGAAGAGUACCUAUAUCCUGAUCAAAUGGAGUCAAAAAAUUAUUUGAAAACUCCUGCUCCUAAUGGAUUCUGUGCAGAUUUCAGCCCACAAAUUACUGAAAAUAGAAGAAAUUCCCUACAGAAAAAAAUGAAUUGAUAUUAAUAAUUCUGUCAUCCUCUUGUGGUGAGAGGAGUAUGUCCUAUCUAGGGCUUUUCAUAGUCACACAGCUAUAUAACCUGAAGUAUGUGAGAAGGCUGUAUGUGUGGAUGUGUGAAAAAGGAAGGAAGGAAGGAAAGAAAGAGAGAAAGAAAGAGAGAGAGAAAGAAAGAAAGAAAAAGAGAAAGAAAGAAAGAAAGAAAGAAAGAAAGGUGUGUAUGAAUAUUUUACUGCAUUAAUGAGCAUCUUUGGCUUCCUAUUGGAAAGAUCACUUUUUCCAUCAGCAACUUGGAAAGUAAAGAAUGUAAACAAACUUUAAUUUGUAUACUUAAAAACAAGAUGCUUGCAUAUUUAUAUUCAUUGUUUGAUUUCAUGUACAAACUGUCCUACAAAGUGUGCAUGUGAAAAAAAUACUGUAGCUCCUAUGGUGUCAAGUGCACUUCGGUGAUUAGUGUUAUCCCUAUUUAGGGAAUUCUUUGUGGGCCAGAUUCUGCUUUCCUUUUUUAUAAGGCAACAUUGACUGCUAUUGUCAAUGGCCUUCAGAGCAAGGCAAGCUCAGUUUCACCUUUUUCAUUGUAAUCUAGUAGGUAGCUAAAGGGGGGAAAGUAUGCAAAAAUAUUUUUACCUAGGGAAUUGUUUUUAUUGUGUUUCCUUGUACAAUGACCUUUUUUGAACUUUUCAAUCCAUCUUGAUAUCAAAAAGAAUAAGGGAAGUUAACAGGAUUGUGUGCAUUUUGUGCUAACAACCCAGAUUUUAGCACA